UACUUCUUUUCUUGCAUUUUUUUUUCAAUCUUCUUUAUCUCUUUUUUAUAUAUAUCUUUAACUUGUUUAUAAAUAUACGCACACAUACAUACAUUUAAUAUGAAGGUCAUUGACAAGAUUAAACAAGCCGAGAAAGAAGGUCGCCACUACUGGUCUUUUGAAUACUUUCCACCAAAGACACCUCAAGGUGUCCAAAACUUGUAUGACCGUAUGGAAAGAAUGCAACGCUUUGGUCCUGAAUUUAUUGAUAUAACUUGGGGUGCUGGCGGUUCUUCAGCCGACCUGACCCUGGAGAUGGUGGCAACUGCACAAUCUGUUUAUGGUCUCGAGACAAUGAUGCAUCUGACAUGCACAAACAUGCCAUUGUCCAUGCUUGACCAUGCUCUCAAGACUGCAAAAGAAUGCGGUUGUCAGAACAUUCUGGCCCUUCGUGGUGACCCUCCAAAAGGACAAACCACUUGGGAAUCCUGUGCAGAUGGAUUUGAACACGCCUCAGAUCUUGUCAAAUAUAUCCGUAAACAUUAUGGCGACUACUUUUGUAUUGCCGUAGCUGGUCACCCCGAAGGUCACCUUGACAACCCUGACAAACACGAUGAUUUGUUGCAAUUGAAAGCAAAGGUCGAUGCUGGUGCUGAUCUGGUGGUCACCCAGUUAUUCUUUGACGUAGAUCUGUUUUUAGAAUUUGUCAAAAAGUGUAGACAGAUUGGUAUAACUUGCCCAAUUCUUCCUGGUUUAUUCCCUAUCCAGAACUACAAUGGUCUUAAGCGUGUUAUUUCUUUUAACAACAACCACGUUCCACAACAUAUCUGGGACGCACUGGAGCCUAUUAAAGACGACGACGCAGCUGUCAAAGAGUAUGGUAUCAAUCUGACUAUUGAUUUCAUUCGCAAGAUGUGGGCAGCCGGUAUCAAUGGAUUCCAUAUAUACACCUUUAAUCUUGAGCGAAGCACACGCCUAGUACUUGAGCGAUUGGAACUUGUACCUGAUAUGGAGAGUGUCAAACCAUUGCCAUGGAGUCCAUCCCUCACCUCAAAAAGAGCAAAGGAAAAUGUGCGCCCGAUCUUCUGGAAAAAUAGAACCAAGAGUUACAUUCAGCGUACAGAAACAUGGGAUGAAUUCCCCAACGGUCGAUGGGGUGAUUCAAGCUCGCCCGCUUUUGGAGAGUUGGAUGGUUAUGGUGUGUCAUUAAAAUAUCCAGUCAAAGAGUGCCUGGAUAUGUGGGGCACACCUACAUCUAUGGACGACAUUUCGGUUUUAUUUGCAAAGUACUGUAUGAACAAGGUGCCAGCAAUUCCAUGGAGUGCACAGCCGCUUGAUUCAGAAACAGAAACAAUUCGCCAGCGUUUGGCUGCUAUCAAUCUGUUGGGCUAUUUGACAAUCAACUCACAGCCUGCUGUGAAUGGCGCAAAGAGCUCUCACAAGGUAUAUGGAUGGGGUCCAAAGAACGGAUACGUGUAUCAAAAGGCCUAUUUGGAGUUCUUUGUGUCUCCCACAGAUCUCGACGGUCUGCUGGCCAAGAUCGCCAAGGAUCCCCAGGUCACGUACUUUGCAGUUAACAACCAGGGCGAUCUUCGCACAAACACACUCAAUGACCACCCCAAUGCUGUCACCUGGGGAGUAUUCCCUGGUCAAGAAAUCAUUCAACCCACCAUCGUAGAGUCUGCUGCAUUUAUGGCGUGGAAGGACGAGGCUUUUGGAUUGUGGCGUGAAUGGUCUUCUAUUUACGAGCCUCAAAGUCCCUCUGCAAAAUUGCUUUCUAAUAUUACAGACACUUGGUAUUUGGUCAAUAUUGUCCAAAAUGAUUUCCAGGAUGAAGGUGGCAUCUGGCGUUUAUUUGAUCUUGAGAUCGAUGGCGAGAUCUCGCGUAAGAUCAGACGCUCUUCAAUUGUACUAGAAGAAUAAAGAAUACAUAUGUGUAUAUGUAUAUAGUAUAAUAUAAAACAAUAAAAUAAAACAAAACAAAAUCUAAUACAAUACAAUACAAUACAAUACAAUAAAUCAAACAC